UUCAAGAUCUUGUUCUAACAAAUUCAUGGCAUUCAACAACAACACCCAAUUCCAGACUCCCAAUCCUGAAAUGGACCUCUAUUCACUACUGAAUAGAGGUCUGGAAGAGUCCACAUCCGCCGCUGCUGCUGGUCAGCAGCAGCAGCGGCGGCUGUGGGUGAAAACCCGGUCCAAGGCGUGGUGGGAGCACGUGAGCAGCCCGGACUACCCGGACGAGGAGUUCCGGAAGGCCUUCCGCAUGGGCCGGGCCACGUUCGACAUGAUCUGCUCCGAGCUCGAGGCCGCGGUCACCAAGAAGGACACCACCCUCCGCCAGGCCAUCCCCGUCCGCCAGCGCGUGGCCGUGUGCAUCUGGCGCCUGGCGACCGGGGAGGCCCUGCGGGAGGUGUCCAGGCGCUUCGGCCUCGGGAUCUCCACCUGCCACAAGCUCAUCCUCGAGGUCUGCGCCGCGAUCCGGGCCGUCCUCAUGCCGAGGUUCCUCCAGUGGCCCGACCCGGCCCGGGCCGCCGCGAUCCGGGCCGGGUUCGAGGCCGCGUCCGGGAUCCCCGGGGUGGCCGGGGCCAUCUACACCACCCACAUCCCGAUCAUCGCGCCGAAGGUGAGCGUCGCUGCCUACUUCAACAAGCGACACACCGAGCGGAACCAGAAGACGACGUACUCCGUCACGCUGCAGGGCGGCGUCGACCCGAACGGCGUGUUCACCGACAUAUGCGUCGGAUGGCCGGGCUCAAUGACCGACGAGCACGUGCUCCAAAAGUCUGUGCUCUGCCAGCGCGCCCUGGCGGGCGCGCUGGCAGACACCUGGGUAGUAGGGAACUCAGCCUUUCCACUGACGGACUGGCUGCUGGUUCCCUACGCCCACCAGAACCUGACAUGGGCGCAGCAUGCGUUCAACGAGAAGGUCGGGGAGGUGCAGGAGGUGGCGAGGGAGGCGUUCAUGCGGCUGAAGGCGAGGUGGAGCUGCCUGAGGAAGCGGACGGAGAAUAAUUUUAGAUUCGCCAGAAUUGAGAAAACAGAAAUCAGGAAGAAAUAA